AAUUUCCCCCUCCUUUUCUGUCUUUCCUUCGACUCGCGCUCUAAAUCCGCCGCCCCGAGGUUCCAAACCCUAGCUUCUUCCCAUCGUCCACGAACCCUAGAUCCCAAACCACCGCCCGUCAUCCCCUGAUCGCCGUACCUGACCCUUCUCUUUGCAGUCGAUUCUACCCCGACGAUUCUACCCCGAUCCGCUCGUUUCUCUUUUCCUCCGUCCCCGAGAUCACGAGGCAAGAUGGUGGAGGCGAAGGACAACGAGGUGUACGAGGAGGAUCUCGUCGACUACGAGGAGGUGGAGAAUGUCGCCGACGGCGCCACAACCAACGGCUCCGCCGAUGUCGUCAAGAAGGGGUACGUGGGGAUCCGCAGCUCGGGGUUCAGAGACUUCCUGCUCAAACCGGAGCUUCUCCGUGCCAUCCAGGACUGCGGAUUUGAGCAUCCUUCCGAAGUGCAACAUGAAUGCAUCCCUCAAGCCAUUCUUGGAAUAGAUGUUAUCUGUCAAGCAAAGUCAGGGAUGGGUAAGACUGCGGUUUUUGUCCUAUCAACUCUUCAGCAGAUUGAUCCUGUUGCUGGCCAAGUAGCUGCACUUGUGUUGUGCCACACAAGAGAGUUAGCUUACCAGAUUUGCCAUGAAUUUGAGAGAUUUAGCAAAUACCUGCCUGAAUUAAGAGUCGCUGUCUUCUAUGGUGGUGUUCACAUAAAAAAUCAUAAGGAUCUGUUGAAGAAUGAAUGCCCCCAUAUUGUGGUUGGCACGCCUGGAAUGAUACUUGCUCUAGCUAGAGAUAAGGACCUUCCCUUGAAGAACGUGUGGCAUUUCAUUCUCGACGAAUGUGAUAAGAUGCUUGAAUCACUUGACAUGCGUAGAGAUGUCCAGGAGAUCUUCAAAAUGACUCCUCAUGAUAAGCAAGUGAUGAUGUUUUCAGCAAUCCUCAGCAAGGAAAUUCGCCCAGUUUGCAAGAAGUUCCAUGCAAGAUGUAAUCCUAUGGAAAUUUAUGUUGAUGAUGAGGCUAAACUGACCCUUCAUGGUCUAGUUCAGCACUACAUCAAAUUGAGUGAGGCAGAGAAGAAUUGGAAGUUGAAUGAUCUCUUAGAUGUGCUCGACUUAAACCAAGUUGUUGUGAUAUUUGUCAAAAGUGUUAGUAGAGCUGCAGAGCUGAACAAGUUGCUCGGUGAAUGCAAUUUCCCCUCAAUCUGCAUACAUUCUGGAAUGAUGCAGGAAGAGAGGUUGACCCGAUACAAGAACUUCAAGGAAGGACACAAGGGGAUUCUUGUGGCUACCGAUUUGGUCGGUAGGGGAAUUGAUAUUAAACGUGUCAACAUUGUUGUAAACUAUGAUAUGCCAGAUUCUGCUGAUACCUACUUGCAUAGGUUAAUUGUUGCACACCUCUUGCAAGGCUGGGCUGGUUUUACCAUUUUGUCAUCUCUUUUUGAUGCAUUUGCAGCCUCCCUGCAUAUUUGCGGGGGUAAGGCUGGCUUCUGUUACCCCUUCCCCAGAACCCCACUCAAGUGGGAGCCGCCUGGCACUGGGUCUGCCUUUUUUUUUUUGAUGCAUUUGCCAUUGCAGGUUGGUCGGGCUGGACGUUUUGGCACCAAGGGACUUGCAAUAACAUUUGUUUCUUCUGCAUCCGAUUCCGAUGUUCUCAGUCAGGUGCAAGAAAGGUUCGAGGUUGACAUAAAGGCGCUGCCUGAUCAGAUUGACACUUCAAUAUACAUGCCAUCUUGAGGAUUCAAGUGAAGGAUAGUUUGCUUCAACGCAUCAUCUUGGGAUGACUACUAGAUAACCUUGUAUCUCCUGAAGAUGUUACAUCUGUACUUAUUUUCAGCAGUAUAGGUCCAAAGACCAUGAAACUAUUGGUGCUCAUGUUUUUAGGAUUUUAUUUGCAUGUCACAUUUUCUAUGUUAUUGGCAAACAUUUUGAUUGUUCGCUGCA